UAUGGGUUUAAUGAAUAGUUUAGGUUACAUAACUCAAAUCUGGUAACUUAACCAUCGUUUAAGCGAGAUGUUCACCUUCAUUCCUGCUUCCUCUUGCAGGUUCGCGGUGGUGGUUUGCUUGUGCCUGCGCAGUGUGUUGUCUUUUUCUUUUCAAAGGAGCUCAACGAACUUCGCCGGUCGUUGUUCUUGUCACGAUUCUAAACACUACGUUUCUUGAACACGGAUCAUUGAUUCUCAACACGGUCAGCAGCCAUGUCCAUAUAUUCCUUACAGCUCUCUGCUCCAUUUCUCAAAAAGUGGUCACCUUUUGCUACCCCCAACACUGACACAACUCCUCAUCCGCGAAAAUCAGCGCAUUGCUCGCCAAAGGUCGCGUUAAACAUAUCUACCAACGUGUUGCGUCCGCCGUUACACGCAUCGUCACAUAAGCACGCGCACUCCAAGCAGCAUCCACAUUUACGCGUCGUUGCGUCAAGCAAGGCUUCAGCUACAGUCUCUUUGACCAAUGCCAAUGCCAGCGCGACUAGUAUUGCCUCAGAAUCCCUUCCUUCCUCUGGUGGACUACCAGGCAAUGAGUUAACGAACUCCAUACCAUUCCCGAGUGCACCAAUAGUUUUUCAGUCGUCUCGUGACAACGUACCACACGACUUCGACUAUGAUUCGGAGUCAUACGUUAUGGUCGACGCGGGUGUACGGGAAUACCCUUGUGUGAAUAGCUCCGGCCGCGAUUCCCCAACCGCUUGGCAUAUUGACCUGAGGAGACGAAGAGGCAGAUCCUGUCUCGCUUCUUCAUAUGUUCAUUCUGACAGCGUUGACUCCCCGACGCGACCAGCAACUCCUCCUGGUCUUUCUUCGACACCCAGUGCCGGAAGCGUGUCCGCAGGUGGGACGCCAGCUCCGCUUCAUCCUAUUGGAAAGAGACCCAGGGUACCUUCCGCCAGUACAUUGAAGUUGUCAAAACGAGCUAAAAGGAAUCGAAAGCAGACAGCAGAUUUGCAAUUUAUUGCUCUCAUGCAUCGUAGCCUUGCGAAUCACCUUCGAUCAUUGCUUACCGUGAGUGGACCAGAGCUAGGAGAAACGGGUAUGGAUACCUUGAGUGGUCGUUGUGAUAUUGUCCUGGAGCAGGACUUGCUCCUCGUUGAACGGCUCUGGUGUAGCCUUGUUGAACAGGGUUUCAAGCCUAUCCUUCUGCAUGACGCAGUACCAUCCGAGUCUAUCCCGAAAAUGCCGGGAACAGAGUUACCUGUAUCUGAUCAGGAUAUGAUCAUACCCUCUUCACCGAUCCUCUCUUCAACAAAUAAGGUGGUGAAUUCCGAGCUUAUGACCGUUUCACAACUCGUUGCAAGUUUGAUUCUUCGAACCAACGAUCGUCGCGCUACCCGUACACGAUCUAGCAGGUUCAAACGUUCUUCUAUCCCGAAUGCAAGACAGACGACACGUUCUCCACUUCACCAGGUCGUGUCAGAGACUUACGACCUUGAUGAAUUCGAUUUGUAAUCGAAGCACUCCGACCCUUUACGACCCUUUCACUUCCUCUUACGACUACGCCUCCCUCUUCUCGGACGCAUCAGUUUCUCGCCACAAGCUCGUGCCUCAUUUCGCGACAUCGCAUUGCAUUCCGACUUGUAUCCCUAUUCAGCUCAUCCGCAAGCCAAAGGCUUCACCGUCCCAUCAUUCCAUCACACUCGUGCGCCCAUUAUUUUCCCUCUCAGUUGUAUCUUAUACUGUACCCACCUGGCAUCACCCGUCCGAAUCUAUCACACACUCGUUACGCGUCUACUGUGCAUCGUGUGAUACGCUCGGCCUUGUCCGUCCAUUGUUCUUGUAUAUGCCGCUCGCUAGGCUUGAUUGUUCCGAACUGCUCAUGUUCGUUACCCAACUUCCCUUGAGGGCUUCUUUCCUUCACGCGACCUGAAAACGUGCCCGCUCUGGCGAGAUACUCGUCAACACGUGUAUCGUAGAAUCAGAAUACAGUCCCUUCGGAUGAAGGUCUCCUUGGAAGGAUGCGUGAUUGUUGAUAAGUAGGUCUCUUGGAUCACCAUGUGGUCUGCGGUGCGCUUCUUCACUCACGAACGGACGCCACAACGACAUAGCUCCUUUCUGUCUGAAACUUGGGCCCUGCAAAAGGAGUCCUACUUCUCAGGAAGUAUGUUUGUAUGUAGGUGUCAGUGGGUAUGGUCAAUGCAAAUACGAGAUCGUUAAUCUCUUGAGUACCCGUUUACGACGUUGUCAUAACCUUAUAUUGCAAGAGCGCCGGACCCCAGCCACGUAAGAAAGUCGUUUAGCAACGGGCCUCCGCCCC